GGGAGGAAAGGGGGAGAGAGAAAAAUAGUAAUGAAAUGUCUUUCCUUCCCGUUGAUCUUCUGAAAUGUUUCAGCGUCUAAAAAUAUCAAGUUUUUUCUUCUCCAGCUGAUUGAUCGGUUCACUGAUUAUUGAUUACAGUUAUCUGUCAGCUGUCAGCGAGCUGUUCAGUUUUCAACUCUUCAAUAAAACUUUUCCUUCAUAAAGAGGCGGAUCGAAAUCAGUCUGAUCAGAAGAACUGCGGAUCGACGCUGCAGCUGUAAAAUCAAUGAACAGAAACAGAAACAGCUGCUGAAGUGAAGAAGAAAACCAACAUGGAGGAUGUUUUGAUUCUUUAAGCUAACUACUAAAGCGAGGAGCUGCGUUAGCGUCAGUGUUUCCUGUGGCUUAAGCCAGGCAGUCUGCAGGUUGUCGGUUCUAUUCCCGCUGUGAUGAACUGGGCUCCCAGUAGGUACAUGAUGAUGGAGAACACCUGGAGCGGCUAACAGCUAAUGAAGCUAACAGCUGGAUGCUUCUGACUGACUCGUUUUCUCUCGCAUUAAAACUCUUCUUCUUCUUCUUCUUCUUCUUCUGCUGCUGCUACUACUGCGUGUUGAUUAAUGGCCAACAGAAGAAGAAGACCAGAUCCUCCAGUUUUCCGCUCAGAGUGAGCCCUCCCUGCUGUCUCCGCUCUCUCUGGUUCUCAUAGUAACGGUCACCUGCAGAAACACACCGGGACUCACGGAGAUCACAGACCGACACACAGACCUCCUGUCCGGCUGCGGGACACCGACUCCCCGCUCCGCCGCUCCGCUGUUGAUCAAACCCGAUCAAUCGAUACCGGGAUCGAUCGGCUCGCAUGUUGGCUGCGGUGGAUCAGAACCGGCGCGUGGCCUGCGGCGGGAUCAGAGGCACCGGAGCAGAGAAUGAUGACAUCAGCGUGUGAGAGUCCCGAUCCUCCGCGCGUGAGCUGAUCGAACAUUUAUCAGGUGUUCCAGUGGUUCCAGCUCAGUCCAGGAUGCUGCCAGCCUCCAUCCAGAUCACGGGGGAGCUGCUGUCUGCGGCCGAGGUCCAGGACAUCUGUGAGAGUCUGAAGGAGGACAGCGUCCGGCUGCUGUCCGUCCGCGGCUGUCAGCUCUCUGACCGCGACUUCGGACGCGUCUGCCGCAGCGUCGCAGAGUCGCGCUCGCUCGCUCAGCUCAACCUGAACCUGGGCGUCGUCUCCAGCAUCAGCCGGACUCGACACCUGGCCGACGCCCUGAAGACCAACCGCUCCCUGCAGACCCUGUUUCUCCAUGGCAGCCCGUUGUUGGACGCCGGCCUGGUGACCCUCAACACCGCCCUGUCGACCCACCCGACGCUGGUCUGCCUGGACCUGGGGGACUGCAUGCUGGGAGACGAGGCGCUGGGUCUGAUCUGUGGGAUGCUGCCGCCAGACGGAGCAAAGUCAGGUCUGAGGGAGCUCACGCUGAGCGCCAACCCAGGAAUCAGCUCCAAAGGAUGGGCUCGCCUCGCCAUCGCUGUGGCCCACAGCUCCCAGCUCCGCGUGCUCAACCUGGACUACAACCCGCUGGGUGAUCAGAUUGCAGGGAUGUUGGCAGUUGCGGUGGCAUCCAGCAGAACCCUAGAGGUGCUGGACCUGGAGGGAACUGGACUGACCAACCAAUCAGCACAGGUGUUCCUGGACAUGGUGGAGAACUACCCGACCAGUCUGCGGGUUCUGGUUCUGGCAGAGAACGACAUCAGUCCGGAGCUGCAGCAGCAGAUCUGUGACCUGCUGUCUGAAGGGGAGGACGACGACGACCGCGAGGCUCCGCCCCUACAGCCCGGCCUCGCCUCCAGCAGCGCCCUGCUGCCAAUCAGAGACAAGUACCAGCCAAUCAGAGACAAGUACCAGCCCCCCGCCUGGCUCCCCCACAGCAACUCCGGCCCCCAGAUGGUCUUGCUGACAUCAGGUGUAGGUGAGAGCUUAUUGGCUGAGACUGAGAUGUGACCCCACCCACAAACACACAAACACACAAACAACCACUUCCUGUGAAACUGUUUCACUUUCUUUAGUUUUUUUGUUGGUUUGUUUGGUUUGUUUCUCUGCACUGCACUUCUCUGGGUUGUCAGAUCACCUGAUCACUUGCAGCCAAUCACAUGCUCUGCAUGGUUUGAUGUAGCACCUGUACAUAGACUAGAACAGGUGAGUGGCGGCACAAAACCUUAACACACCAAGUGACUUUAGGACCAGUGUUUGUUCAGUGUGGUUCUGAUGAAUGUACGUUCUGUUUGUUCUGCUGCUCUGAUGUCACAAUAAUUAAACUGUUUACAGCUUCGUAA